UUAGAGCAUUAAAGUGACCAAACCUCUUUGAAAUAAAGCCCAAUAGUAAUGAACUAGCUUAACUUAGUACUCUGUUUAUUCUUCGUGUUGAUCACGUUUUUUUAAUAUUAAAUCGAUCGAUUUAUUGCAAUAAAGAUGUCUGAAUUUUUGCAAAUUAUUUCUGGCAGACUUUGAUAAAAGAGGUUAAGCCUAGCUCAGUAGAGAAACAAUAGAAAAGCGUAAUUCUCGCUUAUUGUAAUCUAGUAAUCUCUCAUUUAUCCUCUUCUUCACCAUCAUCUUAGCUUCAUGACGAGGUUGUCGGAUUUUCUUGGUUUGUUAGCUGACUUGUUAAUUUAGGAUCUUUGAUAAUUUUUACUGUCCACUCCAGUUAGAUUUACAAGAAUGAUGAGGCGAUUGCUACUCCUUAAAAUGCUUGGUAUACAAGUCAUUAUUGCUGAAAUAUCUCUUAGAAGCUUUCCUUUUCAGUAUUUGGUGAAAUCGUCCUAAUUUUAGAAAAUUUUCUAAUAAAAUAUUAAAACUUAACAAGGGCAGUAAAAGAACUUGGUUUAUGAUAGAAUGACUGGUUUUUUGAAGGAUCAAUUGAACUCUUUUAUUACAAUAUUAUCCAAUUUACUUUGCGAAACUGUCUGAGUUUUUCAUCUGGUGAAAUCGAUUUUUAUAUAAAACUUACCAGAAUCGAUUUUAAACCAACUCUUUUAUCUUCCAAAUGAGUUUGAAUAAUAAUGAGAGAUUCAGAAAUUUAAAAGGCACUGCAAAGCCAGUCUUUCUGAAUAAAGUACAUUAAGCAUCUUCAUUUCAUCCUUCGCCUCUAAAACUCUCUUGAGAAGUGCCAACAAGUUGUCGCAUCAAUAAUUAAUAAUUAAGGUCAAUUUUUCCAAUUCGGGCAGAUAUUAACAAGGUUUACAAGCCAGAUAGCCUGAAUUUGAACACUUUUAAUGAAUGCUUGAAGGCUAUUCGAUAUAAAUAGAGCUGAGAUGAAUUCUCUUGUGUAAUAAGAACUCAAAAUGAAGAAGUGGUGAAAGCUCCAGAUCUAACAGCAAUCUGCCUUAAAAGGUAUCGGUGACUGAGAGUAGCUAGUGAUCCUUUUCAGACGAGGUAUUAAUAAUGCUCGAGCAUAUGAUGACAAGACUCUAGUCUUAGCCAUGGAAGGAAAUCGCCUUACCUUCUUGCCCUACUAUUAGCAGGACUUCUUAUCAUUCAAAUUUAGUAGAUAUACGUUCUUGUAUGGUCAAAUCAGAGCUCAUUUCCAUUCUCAUGCUAAAAGAACUCAGCAAAAUUUGGAAGAGUGGCCUUGAUAUCAUUCAAUAUUUAGUUCAAAUUAUUGAAAUCAGACUAGACCUUGACUUUUUCAAAAUUUAGUUGACUUCAAGAGUGAGUUAGACUAUGAUAUCGCCCAAUUCUUCCAUGCUAAUUAGAGAAACAAGGUAGCUUAGUUUAAACAAGGUUGAAAUAUUUAACAAAGUAGGUGUUUUUGGAUCGGAUUUUCUUAUGAAAAUUUUUGAAAUUUGGCUGAGAAAGCUUAAGGAGUGGUUAAUAAGCCCUCAGAAAUUAUACUUGGAUAUAUUAACAAAAGAGAACUUAUGAGCGAGUAUGGAAGAGGCCGAGGGGAAUAAUUCCUGAACUUAUAAAUUUAAAGCAAAUCAAUUACAGACAGUUUCAUAAACUACAUGUUUUAUGUUAUGGUAUGAGACACUUUUUAUGAAAAUGAGUCUAUAUGAGCUAGCUCUAGCUACAAAUAUUAACCCUAAUGAUCAUUUAAUGGAGAAAUUAGAUGCUCCAGAUUACUCCAUUGUUGAAAUUGACCAAGUAUAUCAUGCCAUAAAUAGUAAAGAUCUUUCGAUUUUAGCUGUAAAAAUGCUAUUUAAAAAGUGGGAAGUAAGAAGUAAUAAUAAUAAAAAUGAAUUUUUUAAAUUUUGCCAACAACACAAAUUGCACUCAACCUUUAAUGUGAAGAUCCCCAGAUAUUUUACAGGAGCUCAGUUCGAUGUACUGACUCAGUGAUCUGGAUAAUUCAGUGUCAAAGACCCAAGAUUAUUGACUUUGCAGUACUCAAGAAACCCAAGAGACUUUGUAUCCCAAAAGCGGUGGAAUGUAUCAUCAAGCAAGAGCAUAUGACAUGGAAAUCUUUCAACAAGCACCUCAAACUAAUAUAUCUAUCAGACCAGUGGUCCAACAAAAUAUUGAACAGCACGGGAAUGUGGAACCACGCCUAAGAAAGAGAAGGCGUAAUACUAAAGAACUCAAUAUCACUGAAAGACUCACCAAUUUAAGGUUGCGUAUCCUCAGUGGAUAUGUGACUAAGUUUACUUGUUCAGCUAAAAAGGCUAAGAGUACUCAUAAAAAGAACCUCAGAAGGAGAUCUAAAUAUAUUGGUGUUUCCAGAAACAACUCAAACUGGCAAGCACUCCUCAAUGUUGACCAAAUUAAGAAGUAUAUUGGCACUUUUACAAAUGAGCUUCAAGCUGCUAGAGCAUAUGACAUCUACUCAGUGGCAAUGAGAGGGGAAGAGGCUUCUCUCAACUUCAACUACAGCGGUGAAGAGAUGCUCGAAAGAAUUGAGUAUUUCCUUGAACAUAAAACCAUAAAAUUUGAUUCUUAA